UGCCUUUGAUUUAUAUUAGAAGAAGGCAGAGUUUAGCCUCGCUCCCUCCCAAGCGGCUUUUUGCAGCCGUCGCUGGUGGCGAAGCCAAGCCAAGCCUGAAGAGAGAAAGAGCUUUGCUUUGCCGGGUUCCUCUGAAAAGCGGCUGCUUCACGACGGCGAGGAUGAGGAUCAGCGCGAUAGCGGGGCUGAGCGCCUUGGUCUUUUGCUUCCUAGCGGUCUUAGCGCAACCCAUGGACAUCAGCCUCCCUCCUGAAGACCUGGAUUCAUCUGGAGAUGAUGAUGAUUCAUUUUCUGGUUCUGGUGCAGGUCCUUCGAUAGAGCAUCCUGUUGUUGCCUUGAAUGUUCCAGUACAAGAAAGCACAAAUACCUCUCUGAUGCCUGAAGUGUCUACCGACUUGAGAGAUACCCAAACCACAGUUCAAGUAAUAGAUAGCCCUGUGGAAGAUUAUUCAAGAGGACCUGUGUCUACAGCAAGCAUACCUGGGUUUCCAGUUAUUGAUCUGGCAUCCAAGGAGCCACCAGUAGUUGCUGAAGAAAAAGAGUUGGACUCAAUGAUUGAGCCAGAAACAACAAAGCCUGCUGUGUUAACAACAAGAAUCCCAAUAACGCAUCGUGUUUCCACAGUCAGAAUUACAACUUCUCGUGCUGCUAGUACAGUCAGAGUCCUUGAUUACCAUGAUAGCAAAUCUAAUACUGACAAAACACCUGCUUUUGACAUUGUGCCAGAGAGUGAGAGAAAUUUGAAUAUUACCACACCCACUACAGUGUCUUCUACUGUCCUAAUGGAUAGCUUUCCUCUACUUGAAGAAGACAUCUUGCCUGAAGAUGGUUCUGGUGAUCAGGGAGACUUUACAUUUCCAGAAGUUAUUGAAAAUUCAAUAAAUGAAGCAGACAAUAGGGCAAUCAGCACAGAAACAAAGGAUGCAAAAUCUGAAGGAGCCCCACAAGGAUUAAUGGACAGGAAAGAAGUACUAGGAGGGGUCAUCGCUGGUGGACUCGUAGGCUUGCUAUUUGCUGGAUUCCUAGUUGGGUUCAUGCUAUAUAGAAUGAAGAAAAAAGAUGAAGGAAGUUACUCAUUGGAUGAGCCAAAGCAAUCAAAUGGAGGCUAUCAGAAACCACAUAAACAAGAAGAAUUCUACGCAUGAACAAACUGAACUAAAACUAAAGACAGUUUUCUUAUCUCUGGACAUCAUGAGUUCUCGCUGCAUUUUAAAAGGGGGGAAAACUAAAAGCCAUAAGACUGUGCUUAAGCCUCUGCCUCCUUGUCAUUGGGAACUAUAAUUUCUCCAAAGUCAGUCUGGAUUAAUAAAAACCCUACCUGCUUUCUUGCACAAAGAUUACCUGUAACGUGGGACUUCCUAUCUUGUCUAAAGACUCUUAGGGGAAGAUAAGGAACCAACUGUAUAUAGUCUUGAUGUCUUAUGAAUGCACCAAGGAAAUCAUACGGUACAAUGUCUGUGUUAUCAAAGAUGCCCCACUCCCCUGCAAUAUUGGCUAGCCACAUUUUAGAAAAUAAUCUUUUUAAAGGCAAUUGCGUGGCUUUCAGCAGUUACUUUCCCCAUUUGGGCCAUUAAUGCUAAGUUCCUGAAUAAGCAAAUAGUGUUGGAAGUCCACCUCAGAAGUUAAAGAUCUGACCAGAGUGGUGGAGUUCUUGAAUACAGCCCUUUCCUGGUUAGAAGUAUGAUUCCUCUAGAAAUCAGUGGGAGAAAUGGUGUACACUGAUGCUUCAAAUUCUGAAGCAACAUAGUAACACCUGGAAAGUAGGUAUUUAAGAUGUUCACACUUUUCCUGUUUUUUUGAUCUUACUACGUUAUCCCUGCUGCUCACUGCACAGAGUCCACAUAAAUCCUAGGAUUGGGACCAGUACUUGUUCUCUACCUCUUCUGCACUGAGUUUUUGAUAAUGGCUCCUUCUCCACUGCCUUCUUAAAACUUCUCUCACAUAGUACCUAGAAUGCCAGGUGUGGCCUGCAACGUACAGGACAAAGCAUGCUAAGGCUAAUGGGGAUUCCUGUUGCUGCCAGAUCCCAGGGAUUAGAGUCCUGUUAGAUUGGUGUUUGUAGUAGGAAUUCAGGGAGCAUAGGCUUGGCAUGCAGGGCCUAGGGGAAUAUGAAUAUGGGUGACUUUUAUCUCAGUCCAGCCGGGAUUAGAACAUUAAGGAAGUUUGAAGUUCAAAUAUCUUCAGAAAUUAUUCUGUGUAAAAGGGGGAGGUAAUAAUGGAUUGUGUGCCUUCAUCAGCUGUGUGUGUCCCAAAUUUAAUGUAGGGGUGAUUGUUCAGUUUUGUGUCAGUGGGACCAAGUCAAUGAAUGUUGGCACUUCUGAACCAGUAUUUAAAUGUGUUCACUGUGUUUGGAAAAGACGAUGAUCUCUCCUGGCAGGCAGAUCUCUGUUGUGGAAUAAGAAGCGCAGAUGUAAUAUUUCCGUAACGCACUGGAGGAGGAUAUGGAUGUGAAUAAUCUAUACUGCAGUGUUUUGUAGAGGUUCUGGGUUUAUAGAAAAACACUUGCAUCCAAUCUAGGUUCUUUGUUUCACCAUUUACAGUUGUUGGUUUGCAAUAUACCUUCUGCUUCUAGUAAAGUUUAGAAAAAAGGAUGGGCUAACACUAGUGCACUGUGGGGAAAUACGGAAUGCCAGGCUGGAGUAAGUAUUUCAGAUAGCGCAUAAUUGUGAGUUGCUGUCCACUGCACGAUUGGUGCCUGCCUUAUCUGUUACUGCUGAAAAGACCCUUGAUGGGUUAAAGGCUUUUUCAGUGAGUGAAAACAAGCUGUCGGCUUCUACAGUACCAAGAAACUAUACAGUGAGGUUUUAAGUGAUGUGUCCUUUUUAUGUAUGGAAAAUAUGAUCAUUGACUUUCUCAGAUAUAGGAAACACUUCUCUUUUUGAAGCAAACAGAACUGAUGUUUUUUUUAAUGGUCGAGCUUGAAAAUGGAAUCUUGAAACUAAAUAGUACAAUGCAAUUGCUGAUCCUUUUGGUUUUUUGUAUUCCACAUCCAUACACAUGCAAUAAAAAAAGCAGUUGGUCAAAAUAAA